AUGACAUCUCUGAAGUUUGCUUUACAUCUGACUUGUCUUUGCUUGUGGAGAAUUGCUCUGGCAUCUACUCAACUUAAAUUGUCCCCAUCGGUGCGUCAGGAUACGGGUUUUAUAUCGGCUAAUGUUGGCGAAAGCGUAACAUUAGAGUGUUUCUAUGAAGAUGAUGUCGCAGCAAUGUUCUUCUGGUAUAAGCAAACUCUGGGACAGAAACCAAGGCUUAUCUCAACCUUCUAUAAACAUGAUAAAAAUGCCACAUUGAUUGAUGAAUUAAAAAACGAUCCACGAUUCACACUGGAAUCUAAAAAUGGAAAUUAUCACUUGACAAUCUCGAAGUUACGCAUUUCCGACUCGGCUACUUACUACUGCAUAAGUAUCUAUGCCUACCAGUUUCAAUUUGCCGAGGGCACCACUCUCAAUGUAAAGGGUUCAGGUUUGAAGAUCCAAGCUACGGUCCAUCAGUCGGCAUCAGGAGGCUCUGUGACUCUCAACUGUACAGUACACACUGGGACCUGUGAUGGAGAACACAGUGUUUACUGGUUCAAGAACUCGGAAGAAUCUCAGCCAGGACUCAUUUACACCCAUGGAGGCAGGACUGAUCAGUGUGAGAGGAAACCCAACACACAAACACGCAACUGUGUCUACAACCUGCCUAUUAAGAACCUGAGUCUUUCUCAUAAUAUGACCUACUACUGUGCCGUUGCCUCAUGUGGACACAUUCUGUUUGGAAACGGGACCAAGCUGGACUUAGAGGAUAAGGUGGAAUCGCCCGAAUCUCUUGUGUAUUUCUUGAGCGCAGCUUUGGCUUUCACCACCACCCUGGUUGCGUUAUUGGCUUUCUCGGUGUACAAGGUGAACAAGAGAAACAGCUGCCAAUGUACAGAGUGUCAAACAGCUUCCAACACAGUAAAUGCAGAGGGUUACCAAGAUGUAGACAACCUCCAUUAUGCUGCGUUAAGGGAUCCCAGGAUCAACAGACCAAGAAAAGUUAGAGACAACACCGUCAGUGAAUGUGUGUACUCCAGUGUAAGGCAGUAGAACUGGACAUGUUUCAUUUGUACUUGGUUUUUUGGUAGGCUGUGAUUUUGUCAACACCUUUUAACAUAUCGUCGCCCAUCUGCCCUACAGCUACAAUAUUGAGAAGUGAUGAAGAUUUUCUUGAAACGGAAACUUUUUCAGAAACGUCUACAUUUUUUAAAUAUUAAUUCCUAUACAUACAUGUAUAACUACUUGAACAACCUUGUGCAAUAACAGUAAAGCUGUCUGAUGUGGGUUUUUAUGUGCCGGCAAAGCUGCCAUAUUUCCACUCUCACUAUACCAGUUGUAUCAGUCUCUCACUGUUGGACUUCUAAAAACACGACAUGUAGGCCUACCAUUUCAUUUGCAAAGCAAAACCUUAACCACUGACAAUGUAUACAUGUCACAGUACCUGCCAUCAUAUUAUUCUUCAUUCCAUUCCUGGUGAAAUACUGUAUGCUUUAGUCUUUGCAUGUUUUUGUACAUGUUGCUACAAACCCACUGAUGUAAGAAUUUUUGUCUAACUUCCCUUGUGGUCUGCAAUCAAAAGAUGAGAUAAAAACAGUACGGAUGCUUUGUGAAGGG